CCCUUUCUCUCUCUCUCUCUGACUCUGAGCUCCAGGAAGCACCACCUGUCAUCGCCUGAGAAGCUCGAUCGCGUUGGUCGAUCCUCUGCUCGCCACGCCAUACGGCCACGCCACGCGGCGCAAGCUCCUCAUCUAACCUCCGCUCUCCGAAGAUUCGAAAAUUCGAACCUUUUCUCGUCUUUGCUCCGGGGGUUUCUCCAAUCAAAUCGUCUUUCCGAGAUCUUCGAUCCGCCUUCUCGAUCUGGGUGUGUUCGUAUUCGCUCCAGAUUAUCGGAAUCGUCGGUUUCCAAUUUUAAUACGAAGGAUUUGGCGGCAAGAAGUGAAGCCCGUGAGUUUUUGGGAGUGAUUCGCGGCGUCGAUUUUGUUUAACUUUAAUUAGAUGCGACUGCUUUGGUAUUUCUGUGGUUGUUUGGAGUGAAAGCAAGAUGGGUGUUAUCGCUUCGUGAAGAAGAAUAGUAUAUCCAGACAUGUACAAGACAUAUACUUGCCUAGGGGCAUAUUGAUCGAGUUUGUGGUGUUCUUAAGUUGCGAUCGAUUUCUUUGAUCAUACCCGUAUAGAGGCUAGAAUCACUCGACAUGGUCAGCGGAAAUCUGUUUCACUGUAGAAAGCAUUCAUGGCCUCCCGAGGAGUACAUCAGCAGGAAUACUUUGCAGCUGCUCGAUUUUGAUAGUGCUGCUCCCCCGGCCCACGCAUGGAGGAGGAGAUUGAACAGCCAUGCCAAUAUCCUGAAAGAAUUCAGUAUUACGUUUAGAGAAGCCAUUAAGAUGGUGCGCUUGGGGAUACGCUUGUGGUCUUAUGUUAGAGAAGAGGCCUCUCAUGGAAGGAAAGCACCAAUUGAUCCUUUCACUAAAGAGAGCUGCAAACCGUCAGCAUCUCAGGGUGUUCCGCUUGGUGGGAUGGGAAGUGGAAGCAUAUCUAGAGGCUUCAGAGGUGAAUUUAAGCAGUGGCAAAUUGUUCCUGGAACUUGCGAUCCUUCACCAAUAAUGGCUAAUCAGUUCUCUAUUUUUAUAUCACGAGAUGGUGGGCACAAAAAGUAUGCAUCAGUUUUGGCUCCAGGACAGCAUGAAGGUCUAGGAAAAUCUUGUGAUAAGGGUAUUUCAUCUUGGGGAUGGAAUUUGCGUGGUCAGCAUUCAACCUAUCACGCUCUAUUUCCACGGGCCUGGACUAUAUAUGAUGGUGAGCCUGACCCAGAAUUAAAGGUGUCAUGCCGGCAAAUAUCACCCUUUAUACCAAACAAUUACAGGGAUAGCAGUCUUCCUGCAGCUGUGUUUGUAUAUACACUGGUGAAUACUGGCAAGGAAAGGGCAAAAGUCAGCCUUCUUUUUACAUGGGCGAAUUCAAUUGGUGGGAAUUCACAUUUGUCAGGGGAUCAUGUGAAUGAACCAUUCAUAGGCGAAGAUGGGGUCUCCGGUGUUCUCUUACAUCACAAGACCGCCAAGGGAAACCCUCCUGUUACUUUUGCAAUUGCUGCUUGUGAAACUCAGAAUGUCAAUGUAACUGUCCUUCCAUGCUUUGGGUUGUCAGAGGAUAGUUCUUUUACAGCAAAAGAUAUGUGGGAUACAAUGGCAAAGGAUGGGCAAUUUGAUCAAGAGAACUUCAAUCGCGGGCCAAGCAUGCCUUCUGUAGCUGGAGAUACAAUUUGUGCAGCUGUCUCAGCUUCAGCAUGGGUAGAGGCUCAUGGCAGGUGUACUGUUACUUUCGCUCUUUCAUGGUCAUCACCCAAAGUGAAAUUUUCAAAGGGAAGCUCAUACCACAGGAGAUACACCAAGUUCUAUGGGACUUCUCCGAGAGCAGCUCAGGACCUGGUUCAUGAUGCACUGACACACUACAAGAGGUGGGAGGAAGAUAUUGAGGCAUGGCAAAAUCCUAUUCUCAGAGAUGGAAGGCUCCCGGAAUGGUAUAAGUUUACCCUUUUCAACGAGCUUUACUUCUUAGCAGCCGGUGGAACAGUUUGGAUAGAUUCUUCUUCACUCUCUACCGACGGGAAUGGUCAGCUACAACAAUCAACUUUAGGAAAUGCAGAUCCUGGACAUGACAUGAAAGACGAGCAGACUUGUAAUCUUGAUAAUGGCAACAGAAAUGGAUUGAAAAACAACGAUGAUAUUCACAAAAGGCAUGAUUUAUUUGUUGACAUAUGGCGUGAAGAUGAUGAUGAAGAAGAUGUUGGUCGGUUUCUAUACUUGGAAGGUGUGGAAUAUGUGAUGUGGUGCACUUAUGAUGUGCAUUUCUAUGCAUCGUAUGCGCUCCUUAUGCUAUUCCCGAAGAUUGAACUGAACAUCCAACGAGAUUUCGCUAAAGCUGUAUUGUCUGAGGAUGGAAGGAAAGUGAAGUUCUUGGCAGAGGGAAACUGGGGGAUCCGCAAGGUCAGAGGGGCCGUUCCUCAUGAUCUUGGGAUGCACGACCCGUGGAACGAAAUGAAUGCUUAUAACAUACACGACACGAGCAAGUGGAAAGAUCUCAACCCGAAAUUCGUGCUUCAAGUUUAUAGAGAUUUUGCAGCAACAGGGGAUUACCAAUUCGGGAUAGAAGUUUGGCCCGCUGUCCGUGCUGCUAUGGAGUAUAUGGAACAGUUUGACAGAGACAACGACGAUCUCAUCGAGAACGACGGUUUCCCGGAUCAAACAUACGAUACCUGGACUGUUCAUGGAGUGAGUGCUUACUGUGGUUGCCUAUGGCUUGCUGCUCUUCAAGCUGCAGCAGCAAUGGCUCUUCAACUCGGUGACAAAUUCUUUGCGGAGUUGUGUAAGAACAAGUUCUUGAACGCAAGGGCGGCGUUGGAAGCUAAACUGUGGAAUGGAUCGUACUUCAAUUACGACAGCGGGUCAAGUAGCAACAGCAAAUCAAUACAAACAGAUCAGAUGGCUGGCCAAUGGUACACUGCUUCUUCAGGAUUGCCUCCACUCUUUGAGGAUUUCAAGAUCAAAAGCGCAUUGCAGAAGAUCUUCGAUUUUAACGUGAUGAAGAUAAAAGGAGGCAGGAUGGGGGCGGUGAACGGGAUGCAUCCCGACGGGAAAGUGGACGAGACAUGCAUGCAGUCGCGUGAGAUAUGGACUGGUGUCACUUAUGCAGCCGCUGCAACAAUGAUCCUCUCGGGAAUGGAGGAACAGGGUUUCACCACCGCCGAGGGGAUCUUCACUGCCGGCUGGUCAGAAGAAGGUUUCGGGUACUGGUUUCAGUCACCGGAGGCGUGGACGAUAGACGGGCAUUACAGGUCGUUGAUAUACAUGAGGCCAUUGUCGAUAUGGGGAAUGCAGUGGGCGUUGUCGUUGCCGAAGGCCAUCCUCGAGGCGCCUAAGAUCAACAUGAUGGAUCGAGUUCACUUAUCUCCGAGAAGCCGUCAAUUCUCUCACAACGUCAAAGUCAUCACUAACAAGGCCAAGUGUUUCAGCAACUCUGCCUUACGCUGCACCUGCUGAUGAGUACGAGUUAUUUUUCUUUAUUGUUAUUCAUCUCGUUGAUGAGUCGGAAUUUGAGGAAACUGGAAAAGGGAUGGUAGAAAUGAUGAUGGUUACAUAUCAAGCUAUAUAUAUAUACACAGAGGUGGGGGAAGAUCUGUGUGGAUUAAAGAGUAGUGCUCCAAGAAUGGUGGAGUACUUCGGGUGUUGUCAGAGUUUCAGUUUCAUUUUCCGGGAAGAUCUUAAUUUGUAAUCUAAAGAAGUUCCCGUUUUCAGUUUCAAUUUACAAACUCUCGUUUUCUUUUUAUUAAUUGUAAUGUGACUUUGAUUAAGAUUCCAUGAACCAAGUGGAAGCUUUGAAGUCUUCUAUGUUUAUCCGUACGAUCA